CUCCUCAAUGUUACUCAAUUGCAAGAUUUUAAAGAGAUUGGUCUAUUCUUGAAACAAAUCAUCCUUUUCUUUCUCUUUUUUCAAAAUGUCCCAAAAUACUGAUAUUCCAGAAAAUCUGAAUGAGGAGGUUCCACAAACUCUUAUUUACCGUGACUUCAUGCAGCUCAGCAACCAACAACGAUAUGAAAAUUAUCCGAUUCAAUACCCACAUGUUCAACCCCCAUCAGAUCCAUUCCUGUUCAAUCAACGUGACAUGUAUUCUUCCCCAAGACCUAUGUUUAAUCCUGGUCCUGAACUCUCAUUUGGCAUCGGUCAGAAUUUACCUCGAGAGGGAUACAGCGCCAACUCUAAUAGGGUAACCAUUCCUUCAACAAGAUAUCUGAGAACUCGUCGCACAAGGGCUAGCUACCGGCGAGGAAGGAUGCCAAUAUUUCGUGGAUCGUCUUCACAUUCAAGCAGAGCGGCCACUGAAAGAGAAUAUGAGACAAAUAAUCAAAACCAAAAUGCUCCACAGAGUAGUUACCCAGCAAGAGAUCCACGGAGAACACCAAUUCCUAACAGUCUGUAUGAUCCAAGCUAUGCUGAGAAUGGUCUGCCGGUGGAUCCUUUCUUACGCGCUAUGCAGUUGAAUCCAAACUUCAGCAAUAGUAGAGGUAACAACUAAGGAACAAACUGAGCUGGCCAGAGAUUUGAAGAUUCUUUUUGAAAAAAUGCAGAAGAAAUGCCAGCUCAUGAUGGAAACUUUUUAUUUUGUGUUUUGUUGAUUUUUGUUAUUUUCUUUGUUGGAAAGUGAGGAGGUUUGAUAGGUGAAAUUGUCCUGGUUGUCCUUGUUUGGGAAAGUUGUUUGGUGAAUUGCUAUUUUUUUAUUUCUCUUGGAGCUUAUGAACCUCUUACAUUAUGAUCUAAAGAUUCCUUUUGAUCAAAUUGAAAAUUUUAUGAGAAAACGUGGAAUAAGCUUUGCAAGUUAGUUUUUAGUUCUCUCACUAUGAAUUGUCGUAUCUUUCUCUCUUCUUUUUUUUUUUCUUUUUUUUUUCUUUUUCCUCAUGUUUUUGUUUUGCUUUGUGGUGUGUUUUCCAAGUUUUUUAUGUUAGCACUUAGCAUUACAAUUGAUUUUCUUCGUGCAAGUUUCAAGCUCUAUGAAUAGUUAUCUUGUUCAAUCACAAAAAGUAAUCCAUGAAUUAAUAAUUUAGUUUUUUUGCCAAUGUUUUUGACAUAACAAUACAUUACAAAAAUUAGUAUAUAACUUAAACUCAUAAGUAAUACACAUACAACAACCAUUCAUGACAUUGCUUAGAGCGCAUUGAGCUGCUUAUGGCCAAAGACACAUCAUUAAACAACCAUUAACGUUUUGGCACCAUUGAGCCCUUAUAAUAAGAGUCGAUAA